CGCACCGCGCGCGAGGCGGCCCUGGCCUACUACGACAGCUACAACUCGAAGCAGAUGGGCGCGGUGCUGGAGCUGAUUGCGGAGGACUGCGUGUACGAGGACCUCAUCUACCAGGACCCCUUUGUGGGGCGCGCCGCCAUCGCCGCCUACUUCCGCAAGAUUGAGGCCCUGGUGCCGCCAGACAUCAAGUUCUGCGUGGAGGACAUCACCGAGGGCGACCCGCGGCGCUGCGGCGUGCGGUGGCACGUGGAGAUAGCGGACGACAGCGGGCGCGCCACCGAGUUCCCCUUCAGCCGAGGCGUCAGCUUCUACGAGGUCAACGACUUGGGGCAGAUUGUGUUUGCGCGAGACAUUGUGGAGCCCGCCAUCAAGCCGGGGGCGGCGGCGCUGUCGGGGAUCUCGGUGGUGGCGCCGCUGGUGCGCAAGCUGGGCCCCAAUGCCAACCCCGCGGUGCUCAAGACGCUGCCGCUGGCCAGUGGCGCCAUGUGGGCCUUCUACGCCGGCUACCUUGGGUACGUCAUGCUGAGCACCGCCGCUCCCGGCGUGCCAGCCUGGCAGGUGUCGCCUGAGGCGCUGCAGGCGGUGCUGCACGAGAGCUACAAUUACUUCUAUGUCAACAUCGGCCUGGCGCAGCUGGGCCUCAACCCGGUGCCCUGCAUCGCGGAGCACCCUGUGAGCGAGGCGAUGUUCAACGCGGUCAACGCGUGGUCGCUCAUGUGGUGGCCAGUCAUGCUGGCAGACCCGCUGGGGCGGCGGGUGAAGAGCAAGCUGCCCAUCUGGGUGGGCACACAGUUCCUCACAAAUGUCUUCUUUCCAAUUUACCUGGCAAAGCGGCUGGCGCCAGAGUCCCCAGAGGCGGCUGCAGCAGCGCAGGGGGCGGGCAGCGAGGCGGCGCCGGCGCGCCUCCCGGGCUGUGCUCCCAUCGUCGGCGCCGUGGCUGCCACCGUGGGCGUGGUCAGCAUUGGCUGGGCGCUGUUUGCACGGCCAGAGGCUGGCGACCUGCCGGCCCGCUGGGAGUACUUCACCACCCUGCUGGCCACCAGCCGCGUCGACUGGGCCUUUGGCGUGGAUGCCUGCCUGUACGCCGUGUGGCAGGCGUGGCUGCUGGGCGCCGUGGGUGCCGCACCCGCUUACCGCUUUGUGCCCUUCUUUGGAUUAGCGGCAUGGCUGAUG